GCUCCUACCCCUAUCCUUGCUGUCUGCUACUCCCGAUUCUCGCCACAAGUGCACCGCCACAAUACUUGAACCCAAAGAUCUGCUCCCCUUCCCCUCCUCCUCCUACUGUUGGGCCACCACCUCCUACUCAGGGCCACUGCAAGCAGGAACUGAGAAGGGUGCAAGUGACCACUGGGCCUGAUUUGUGUUUUUUAAUUGAUUGCAUGUGUCAGAUCCUAGACUCAUCUACCUUCCUGUGACAUUUCACACUCCUGAGCACUGUGUUGUCAUAGAACCCCAGUUACAAAUCAGUGAAUUUGUGUCCUUUACAAUUAUCAUCUCGUUCACCUCAAAACAUCUCUGAACUAGGUGUUACCUUCAUCUUUCAGGUGAGUAAACUAAGUCUCCAAGAGGAUAAGGAACUUGUCCCAGGUCACUGCUGGCAAGUGACAGGGCUGGAUCGGAACAUGUACAGAAAUGGCUCCCCCUGGCCUUUUAGACACUGUUCCUUCUCACCUCUCUUCUGUGUCGUCGGAGUUUCCUGGGUUCCAGCCACCACUAAUUGUUGCAUCGCCCUGAGUCUGCCAGGCUUUCUUUCCCCAACAGCUCUGUGCUCAGCCUUGGCUCUGACUGAAAAACCCAUUCUCUGUUUUCUUGUCUGCUUCACUUUCACUUGUCUUUUAGGACUCAGAAGGACCUGCCUCCAGGAAGGAGCCUCACCACCGUGCCCCACUGAUACCCUGUGCAUCCCUGCGCUGUAGCCCAGCGUGCGCUGCUUUGUGGCCUCUUGAGAAGCAGAGAACAGAGGAGGCAGGGAGCUGGGUCCCUCUCUGUGUUUCUGGCCACUGAGGGUCUAGUGCAUAGUAGACAGUCAGCAAGGGAGGUGAGCUGUGAAGACCAUAUCCUUGUAGUUAAUCCUGAUAUUGGCUUUAAUGAACAUGUAAGCAGUUUUGUUUUGUGUCUUUUGUCCCUUAAUGUUUUGAGACUUUUCAAAUCUACAGAACAGUUGAGAGAACAGCGCAGUUGGUACUGUGGCCCCUCGUGCAGCAGCCGUGGUGAACUGCCCGCUGUGUGUGCUCGCUCACUGUGCACACGAACACACACUGCCCUCCUGUAACACCUGAAAGACUGUCCCUGAGGAGAUAGUCCAAAAGAAAGUUCUCCAAGACAGAGAGCAGUCUAAAGCUGGAGAUGACAUCAGUAUCGGUUGGUGCUCCUUCCCUGGCUCCUCUGAAUCUGAAGAAGGAUCCAGGAAGGCCAGUGAAGGACGAUCACCACGCUGCUAGGGAGCAGGGAUUCAGACGCCCAGGAAACGGCACCGGCCUUGAACGGGAGCCGCUGUGCAGACAGUUCAGGCAGUUGCGGUAUGAAGAGACCGCAGGACCUCGGGAGGCGUUGCGCCGGCUCCACGAGCUCUGCCGGCUGUGGCUGCGGCCCGAGACGCACAGCAAGGAGGAGAUGCUGGAGCUGCUGGUGCUGGAGCAGUUCCUGCGCAUCCUGCCCGCGGGGCUGCGCGCCCGGGUGCGGGAGCGGCGCCCGCAGAGCGGAGAAGAGGCUGUGGUUGUACUGGAGGACCUGCAUCCAGAGCUGCGGGAAACUGGACAGCAGGUGGAAAAGCACCUAGGACAGGCAGAGCAACAGCACGUGUGUGUGGAAGACACAGUGGCUCUGAAUGCUGCGCAGGCCCAGCAGGUCAGACCUGAGCGAGCAGACCCGAAGCCUGAAACAGAACAAGGUGAAGAGACAGCAACUGAAAAUGAGAUGUCAGCUACAGAGACAGACCCUUGCGGAGGAUCAGAAUCGACUGGGAGAGUACCUGAGCCCGGGGAGCCGCAUCGUGAGGGCUCUCACUUGGAAAGGCAGCAGGCCAAGCCCAAGGGAAAAGCCGACCAUAACCGCUCAGCGGGUGGGGAGAGAUUCCUCCAGUGCUCAGACCCGGUUGGACAUGAAGGUAUGCACAGCGCAGGAAGGCUCUGUGGAUCCAGUCCUCCCGGGCAUCAGAAAAUCCGCUCUAGAGAGAAAAGCCAUCAGUGUCAUGAGUGUGGGAAAGCCUUUCAGAGAAGCUCACACCUUGUCAGACAUCAGAAAAUCCAUCUUGGUGAGAAGCCUUAUCAGUGCAAGGAGUGUGGGAAAGUGUUUAGCCAGAACGCAGGCCUUUUGGAGCAUCAUAGAAUCCAUACUGGAGAGAAACCUUUUCUCUGUAUCCACUGUGGGAAGAGCUUCAGGCGCAGCUCUCACCUGAACCGGCACCAGAGGAUUCACAGUCAGGAGGAGCCCUGUGAGUGCAGGGAGUGUGGGAAGACCUUUAGCCAGGCCCUGCUCCUCACCCACCAUCAGAGAACCCACAGCCACGCCCGGGGCCACCAGUGUCACGCAUGCGGGAAGGCCUUCAGCUUAACCUCAGACCUUAUUCGACAUCACAGGAUUCACACUGGAGAAAAACCUUUCACGUGCAACAUAUGCCAGAAAGCCUUCCGACUCAACUCCCACCUUGCUCAGCACAUGCGGAUCCACAAUGAAGAAAAACCCUAUGAGUGCAGUGAGUGCGGGGAAGCCUUCAGGCAGAGGUCAGGCCUUUCUCAACAUCGGAGAUACCACCACAAAGACAGACCAGCUCACUGAAGUGCCCUCCCGUCAUGGGGUGUCUGGGAUAGAACAUGAACAAGCACGCCGCAUUUUAGUAGAAUUCCCUCUAGCCAGUCCUGGCAUCAGAGGAUCCUUGGGGUUGGCGGGGGGUAGACUUGGAGGCUAUCUGCCCCCACUCUUCCUCCUUUCUUUUCCUUGAAGUCAGCUUUGUGCUGACUGACCAAGAUGGCACUGGGGGGUCAGAGUGGAAAGCCUCUUUGACGGCAGGGCUCCUCAGAGCCUUGACCUGGUGCAGACGUGGUGAUGCAUCUCCAGGUAGCAGGGAACCUCAUGACUGAGUGAGGGCUUUGAAGCUAGCAGCAAUUCAGGUAUCCACAGAUGUACAGGCUGAAGCAGAACAAGAGCAGAUGGAUAUUUUUUUGCAUAUGCUACAGCAAGAGACUCCUAUAAAAUAAAACAGGUGUCUUACAGUGCGAGUUCAUGGUGACUGUGCCCCCCAGUGGCUUUACUAACCCCCACGCCUCCCACCCCCAACCAGCAGAGGCAUUUUGGAAAGUCAAGAUCCCCUAAUUUUGCCAUUCCACACCCCCAUCCCUGCCAUGACAUCUCAUUAGUUUAAGUUAGAAAUUAAACUGCAGAAAAGAUUCCUGAGUGAUUUGAAUGAACCAUGUUGAAUUCAUGUAGUUGCUGUCCCUCUUCAUAACUCCAGUGCAGGGUAGCAACUGCCGCCUAGACAAUUUAGUAAAUGUCCGAUGCAAUUUUUAAGUUUUGCUUGUUCUGGAAGUCUUUGAAAGUCAAAUAAUAAAAAGUUGGCUUGGAGAUUAUGAUCUCUAUGUUGUGAACACAACAACGUCAUCGUCACGAUGAAGAGCAUUACACGUAGGGACUCCACUUCCAGACACAUCACUUGUUGAGUAAUAGCAGCUGCCUGAGCUCUGCUGUCUGGAAGGGGCUUCACACUCUGCCAUGGAGUGGGAAGAUUGGUUAAGCAUCAUGGUUUUCUAAGGAUUUGGUUCUGCAUAUGGUUGAAAGACAAAAA